UAAAAACCCAACAAAUUGGAUCGGCAAUACUGAACCCUUUCCAAAUGUGACAAAAGAGGCGGACAGAAACUCAGAGAAGGCCAAAUUUUAUCGGUACAAGUUUGAAUUUUCAACAAAGGUGUGACGGAAAGCUUAGUUUCCUAAGAUGUCUAACGAUUCAGUUUCUGAUCAAGGUUUCGAUGACGACGAAGUUCCAACCGGUCCAUCAGCCUUCAUCAUUGUUAACUGCAUUCUGAACGUUCCACUGCUGGUUUUAUCCAUUUUCGGUAAUUCCAUGGUCUUAGCAGCCGUUCUCAAGACACCUUCGCUUCGUUCGCCCUCCUUAAUGUUUCUGUGUGGUCUCGCUGUUUCAGACCUUGUCGUGGGUUUGAUAGUCCAACCGAUCUACAUAGCCAGAGAGCUUACAUUUGUUGACAUUUUUAUCAGACUAACGAGAAUUUUUGGGAAUUCAUUCUGUGGAAUUUCUUUCGCUACCAUGUCAGCAAUAAGCGUGGAUAGAUUUUUGGCUUUACAGUUCCACAUGACGUACAGCAACUUGGUCACUACAUCGCGAGUGAUAAUAUGUUUGAUAGUAAUUUGGCUGAUAAACUCCGGUCUUUACGUAUGGCAUACACCGACGAAUUUUCAUUUAGCCUUAGUAACGAUCGGUGUUUUUUUCUUAACGUCCACCAUUUCGUACAUUGGUAUAUAUCGCAUAGUUCGGAGACACAAUGCUGAGAUAUACGCUCAAAAGCAAACAUUUGAAUAUCCCAAUAACCAAAGUAUGCUCAGGUUAGCCAUGUUAACUCGUACUGCCAUGAACACGUUCGUUUUCUACAUUGUUACAAUUCUUUGUUAUCUUCCAUGGUUCGUUUAUAGGGGUUUUUUUUGCGAUAGUUUUCCCAUUGGUGAUCAAGAAACCUGGGUUUUUAGAGUGACACUGGUGUUUGCAAACUCUGCCAUUAAUCCUUUCUUGUACUUCUGGCGAAUUCGCGACCUUCGGAAGGCUGUCAUGAAGAUAUUAAGACAGAAAACUUCAUGCAAAUAAACGGAGAAGUCUGAAUGCCGAAGAGCACCAUUUGCAAUGACAGAUAAAAAAAAACAACAACAACAACGACAAGAACACUUUGUGCGUAGUAUUGCCUCACAAGGCCACAGCAAGGCGCGAUCAUAUCAAGCAAUACAAACCAGUUUAAAUUUGUGUGACGCACUUGCAGCCAUUCGUGUCAACCAAAACAACAGGGAAAAGUUGUGGCCUAACUAACUCUUGUUUGUAAUUGGAAAACAGUUAA